CCACCAAGUAUCCACUCCCGCGUACCACCAGGUCUCCACCAACAGUCCAAAAUCUACACUCCACAGCAUCACUUCCCAACAGAUUCCUCUUCUUCUUCCUCUAAAGCCCAUUUCCAUAAACUUAUUAAAAAUAAAAAAAUUAAUAAAAAAAUUGUUAUUUUUUUCAAUGAAAUUUUGCAUAAAUUCAUUGAAAGUGAAAAAGAGAGUGAUUGGAAAUUCUAACUCUGAUUGGAAAUUCUAACUCUAAUUGAAUUUCAAUGGCCUUCCACUCUGCUCUUGCUCUGUCAAUCCCAUUCUCUUUCGUUCCUUGCCGUUCCAAUCAUCAAACACUUGGUGUGCGUACAAAACCUUCUCUCGCUCUCUUCAAGCUCGUCAAUCCCCUUAAUGCGCCGCGUUUCGGAGCUAAACCCACUGGAUUUUCUUCAAACCCCACCCUGUUUUUGAGGAGAUUUCGCGCCGGGAGCUCCCUCGGAGAUGCCGCCGACGAUGAGCCGCCGCCGCUUGUAGGUGAGGACUCUGCGGUUUUUGAGCUGGCGAAGCAGAAGAUAGCUUCUUGGGUUUACUUUUCUGUGAUUUUGGGGACUGUUCUUUAUGUUCUCGAUGUGGUUUGGAUUGAUAACUCUACUGGGUUCGGUAAGGCUUUCAUCGAUGCGGUUUCGGGACUUUCAGAUGGCCAUGAGGUUGUAAUGUUGAUCCUCAUUAUGAUUUUUGCUACCGUGCAUAGUGGUUUGGCCAGUCUAAGAGAUUUGGGUGAGCAACUAAUUGGGGAACGUGCAUUCCGUGUUUUGUUCGCUGGGAUAUCUUUGCCACUGGCUGUCAGUACUAUUGUGUAUUUUAUUAACCACAGAUAUGAUGGACAACAGUUAUGGAUGCUUCAGAAUGUUCCUGGGGUCCAUCAGUUGGUGUGGCUUUCUUCUUUUAUCUCCUUCUUCUUCCUCUACCCAUCAACUUUUAAUCUAUUAGAGGUGGCGGCAGUUGACAAACCCAAAAUGCAUCUUUGGGAAACUGGAAUCAUGAGAAUCACAAGGCAUCCACAGAUGGUUGGGCAGGUAAUUUGGUGCCUGGCUCACACAGUGUGGAUAGGAAAUUCCGUGGCGGUAGCAGCCUCGAUUGGCUUAAUUGGACAUCAUCUAUUUGGUGCUUGGAAUGGUGACAGGAGAUUAGCCCUAAGAUACGGUGAGGAUUUUGAGGUCGUAAAAAGUCGAACAAGUAUCAUACCAUUUGCGGCCAUUCUUGAUGGCCGACAAAAGUUGCCCAAAGAAUACUAUAAGGAAUUUUUCCGGUUGCCAUAUCUGGCAAUCACAGCACUAACAUUGGGUGCAUAUUUUGCGCAUCCGCUGAUGCAAGUGGCAAGUUUCCAGCUACAUUCGUAAUAAGGUUGAGAAUCUACAUAUCCAUCUCAGUAGAUGUUGUGGAUGAUAAACAUGGUUUUUGUACGUGAGAAUGUUUUUAGAUGCUGCAGGAGGUUCAUUCCACGCAGAAAAUUAAGUGCAUGUUGUAUGUGUAUGUAUGUAAUUUUAAAAGACAAUGAUUCGGCUGACCAUUAAUUUUAAAAGCUAGCUAGCUUGGCAAAAUGCCUUUGGCUUUCCUA